ACACUCACUACGAAGCAGUUCAUUCAAUUAAGUCAGAGGCAAAUAAACAAAAAAGGUAAGAUAAAACCACAAUGAACUCUCUGCGUAUUAUAAAAGUAACCUGAUUAUGCAAAUUUGUAGUCUCCAAAAUCCAUUACUGCGCUACAAUACAUAUAGAAUAGUAAGCGCAAUAUAUAUCGAGCAGUGUAUCUAAAAAUAUGGUGAAACCUCACUUCAGUCACACUCACAAGCAUCGAUGAUAUAACAUGUCCAAAUAACGUAGACCUAUCAAAUAGUUUUGUUACUUUGAGCUGAUCGAUCUUAUUCACUGGAUUUUGAUAAAAAUAAAAUGAUAGAGAGUUACCUAAAAUUGGAAUGUACUAGGAUAGACUAUAAAAUGGUGAGCUGGCUAUUGUGACAUUACUUUUACUUGUGACACCGGGGAACGAGCAACGAUGUGUGUUAUUCAGGCAUAUUUACUUAGUGCGCUUGUGGUGGCGUCUUCAGCCCAAUACGCAUGGGACCCGUACAUGCAGUACAGGCAAAACGCACAGGCCCGGCAAGACCAAGCAGAUCAACAGCUCCAGGCAUCCGACUACACUGGCGGCUACGAACAAAACUCCGGCUCGAUUGGCCACGACUUCGGAGGCCAAAGCGACUACGGCGGUACUCAAGAUUUCGGUGGUCACGACCUGAAGGCCCACUCAUAUCCAGUUCACCAACACGUGGAAGAAGAGAGCCCAGAAGAGAUAAAGCAUUACAAGGAAGUCGUUGUACCGAUCCCUAAAAACGUAGAGUUCAAAAUCAACCAGCCUAUCCUCAUCCCGGUGCCGCACCCUAUUCCUAUUCAAAUUCCAGUGCCAAAGGCGGUCGUAAUACCUAUUAUUAAAGAAGUUUCUAUUCCCGUUGAGAAGUCGGUACCGUAUCCCGUAGAGAAACAGGUACAUGUACCAAAAAUUAAGGAAGUGCCGUUCGAGGUAGUGAAGCAUGUCUUUGUGUCAGUUGAGAAGCCCGUGCCUUUCAAAGUACCUGUUUAUGAAACCAUCAUACAUACUAAAAAAGGUUCCCAUAAGAUUUAAGCCUUCUGGUU